CUACGUAUCGUCACCGACGCGGACGGCAGGCGAGCACCACGAGCAAGGCCUGUUCUGGCCGAUCACUGCACCGGCCGUGGUUGAUCUCGCGCCGAGCCCAACGCCGUCACCGCGGCUGCUCUCCGUUGAACCUGCUUGUUGUGCUCUCGGUUACUCGUGUUUGCGCGGUCCACCCAUGUCGUCCUCCCUGAUCACCGCGGUCCGGACAAAGUUCCUCGAGGCGAUCCGAUCCGUGAACCCUCCCGGACGAUGGAAGAUCCUCGUGAUCGACGAGCACUCGCAAAAGCUGCUCAACGCCGUCCUGAAGCAGUUCGAUAUCCUGGAGGAGAACGUCACUCUCAUCGAGUCGAUCACGACCAAUCGAGACCCGCAACAGUUCGAGGCGAUAUACAUGGUGAUGCCCACCUCGGAGAACGUGGGCAGGAUCAUCCGUGACUUUGAGGGGAGGCAGCAAUACACCGGGGCCCAUCUCUUCUUCAUCGACGGUCUAGCCGAACCGCUGUUCCAGCGCUUGACAGCCUCUGCCGCCGAACCGUACCUCAGAACCCUGCAAGAGCUCUUCGUGAACUUCUGGCCGAUCGAGGCGCAAGCCUUCUCUCUCAAGCUUCCCGGGAUGUUCUUCAGCUUGUACAGUCCGCCUCGGAGCGAAUCUGCCUUCCGUACCUCGCGCGACCGCCUCGAAGAAGACCUCCGGUUCAUCAGCAAAUGCAUCACGGACCUCUGCAUCACCCUCGACGAAUAUCCCUACAUCCGCUACUACUUCCCCUCCCACCACCUUCCUCUCGGCCCCCUCAAACCGAACGACACCACACGGCCACCUCCCCCGCCGGAAGGCGCCACGCGAUGGCGAACGAACCUGGCUCGAGGCGACCAGGCCCGCCAGUUCGAAGCCGUGGAAGCCGACUUCGCCACCAAGCUCCUCGCCUGCAUGGUGCAAGACAACCUGGACGACUACAAACGCAACAACCCCGACUUCCCUCGAAAAACAGAGCGCGGGAGGGGAACGCUCAUCAUCACGGACCGGGCCAUGGACAUGAUCGCGCCGUUCGUGCACGAGUUCACGUACCAAGCGAUGGCGAACGACCUGCUCCCGAUAGAAGACGGGACCAAGUACACGUACAAGUUCCAGUCCUCCGCCGGCGUCCACGAGGAUAAGACGGCCACUCUGUCCGACGCCGACUCGGUUUGGACCGAAGUCCGGCACAUGCACAUGCGCGAAGCCAUCGACAAACUCAUGGCGGACUUCAACAAGUUCUUGGAAGAGAACGCCGGGUUUAAAGGGGAGGGAGCUGCUAGUCUAAACGACAUGAAAGACAUGCUCGCAAACCUACCGCAGUAUCAAGAACAACGAGAGAAGUUCUCACUGCAUCUGAACAUGGCCCAAGAGUGCAUGGCGAUCUUCGAGAGGGACAAACUUCCCGUUGUAGCGAAUGUGGAACAGUGCUGUGCGACAGGCCUCACUGCAGAAGGGAAGACUCCGAAGCACCUCGUCGAGGAGAUGGUACCGAUAUUGGAUAGCCGCGAAGUAAUAAACGCGAAUAAGGUUCGCAUAAUAGCCCUAUACAUCCUACAUCGCGACGGCGUUCCGGACGAAGAUCGAAGGAGAUUAUAUCAACAUGCACGCUUAUCGCUGGCAGAACAGGAUGCGUGCAACGCCCUUGUACACCUCGGCGUGCGGAUCAGUCGAGGGCCGGGUGAUCGGGACACGAAGAAGAAACUGAAGCCUAACAAACCUACAGACGACGAAUAUGAUCUUUCGCGGUUCAAGCCCCUGCUGCGUACAGUUCUCGAGGAACAUGCGGCGGGUCGUUUAGAUCAGUCACUCUUCCCCUACGUCAAGGACACGCCAGUCAAGGACGUUGCAAGCACGAUCUCACGUACACCUACUCCUCAGGCGACAUCAUUACGAAGCAAGAAGGCCAACUGGAACAAGGCGCGGCCUGCGACCGUCGCUGACAACCGUAAUCGUGUGAUGGUAUUUGUCGCCGGCGGGAUGACGUACUCCGAAAUGCGGGAAGCGUAUCAGCUCUCGAGCGCCCUGAACAAGGAUAUCAUCAUUGGUUCCACACACACCGCAUCUCCUCGACAAUACGUCGACGAUCUCAAAGUCCUCGAGCUUGGUGGCGUUGGCUCCAAGUACCUACCCAAUGGUCUGCGGGAUCCACGCGCGAAGCGUUCGUUCCAGGAGUAUUACGACGAGAAAUACUUCCUCAAGGAUGCCCCUCCUCCCGUCCGACAGCCGCCGCCUCAAGAACGCAGUCGGCUCGCACCAUCGCGACCCGCCGCGGUCCCGUUGAGCCCGUCGUCCUCCUUCACAGGAUCCACCGCCUCCACGGCUUCAGCCAAGGAAAAGGAGAAGAAGAAGCGGGGACUGUUCCGAUUCUGAUAGACGCAUAUCUCCCUUCACGACACGCUGCAUCCCUUUGAUUACCCUGGACAUUCUCAUUAAUGUUAUCACAUCGUGGAAUUCAUGACAUCUUUCCCUGAUUUGGUCAAAGACGACUACGUUCCAGAGGUUUGCUGUUCCACCCCUCUGGUAGCUGUCUCGCACCCGGGACCGGUGAGAGCCAGGGAAAUCGUUGGUUGCAGUAUAUUUCGUGCUGGACAACCCAGCCACGCGCAUCUCCCAUCGACCCGGCGUAUACGAGCAGCGCAUUCUUGAGGUUGUAGCUCCUCCCGAACAAUUGCGACCCGCAGCGACUACAGGAUAGGCGAUGCAUCGGUUUGCCGCUCUCCGUGUUUGGGUCCGCAUACGUCUUCACAACGUCUUCACCCUGCGUGAGACAGAAGUCCUCUUCUUUGAACAGGCCCGCCAGUUUGAAUGCGGAACCUGUGCUCUUUCGACACUGACCACAAUGGCAGAUCCAGCAAGAACGAGGGUCGCCCUUAACCUCGUAUUGCACCGCACCGCAGGCGCAUGAGCCACGUCUAAGGGUGCUGGCGUCUCGAGUUCUGUUCGAC